AUGGCGUUGGCGUCCUGGCUGCUGCGCAGGUCCGCGACGGGCGGGUCGCCGCCGUCCAUGUCCAUGGCCGCGGCGGCCACGGGGCGAGCGUACAACGUGUUCCUCGACCACAGCGGGGCGGACACCCGGCACAUGGUGGCGCGCCAGCUGCACGACCGGCUGCUGCAGCUCGGCGGCGGCCGGGUCCGGCCGUUCCUGGACGUCGUGUCCCUGCGCCCGGGCGACCGGCUGGUGGCGCGCAUCGACGAGGGCAUCAGCCAGUGCAGGGUGGCCGUGGCCAUCUUCUCCGAGCGCUACCUCGACUCGGCCUUCUGCCUCCACGAGCUCGCCUCGCUGGUGGAGGCGCGCAAGGUCAUCGUCCCCAUCUUCUACGGCGUCAAGCCCUCCGGGCUGGUCCUGCCGCCGGCCGUCGUCGAGUCCGACGCCCUCGCCCCCGGCGACGUCGAGCGCUUCAGGGCCGCGCUCCGCGAGGCCAGGUACACCGUCGGCCUCACCUACGACCCUGCCACAGGUGAUUUGGCCGAGCUGGUGUCAGCGGCAGCGAACGCGGUGAUGAAGAGGAUUGAGGAAACGGAGAUCAUGCAAUGA